CAAACUGUCAAUCUCCUCCCGAGUCGAUAUCUUCCGACACGUCUAGUACGGAGUCGGCGCCCCGACAAUAAAAGACAUAUGAUUUGUCAAGAUCUCGCCAUGUAAUUGUUUUCAUUCCUGAAGCCUUGACGUCCACAUUGCAUUACACUUUGCGCUUGAUCACCAUGGCCACAUUCGCAACGGCGCAGAAGGUCGGCAUCUUUGGAAGACUAUGGUCGUCUUACUUGGUCGCCCUGAGGGUUCGACCGAUACGGACACGCAUGAUCUCCGGGGUCAUCACUGCUUCUAUAGCGGACAGCAUCGCCCAAUUCGGCUUUGAGAAACGCAGCCUGAUAGGGUCUGACGGAGACAAGUCCAAGUCGUGGGAUGCCCUCCGAACGCUCCGCCUCUGUACAUAUACUGGGAUCCUGUUUGCGCCUGUGUUGUAUCAAUGGCUCGGCCUACAGCAGAAGGUGGUAGUUGGCGGCGCUGUCACCACCUUGUUAGCGAGACUUGGUAUGGACUACACAAUCUUCUUCCCAUUCUCUGCGAUCUACUUUCCAAUAAUGAUGGGAUCCCUGGAGGGUAAAAGCAUAGACGAAAUCAAACAAAAGAUUCAACUGCAACUGUAUCCAACAUGGCAACGAGCUUGUCUAGUCUUUGGACCGACACAACUCGUCAAUCUCACGCUGGUCCCGCCGCAACAUCGUAUACUGAUGUUGCAGACAGUGGGCUUAUGUUGGGUUGUGUACCUGUCGUGGCUGAACAACUCUGCCAAUAAGCAGCUGCAUGAAGUGGCCUGACACGCCGUGGAAGGACGAGGGAAGACCCCAGAUAGCCCUGCAUACGUGAGAUAUCUGUUCAAUGACCGUGCCUGGAGUAGGUGGAAGGAUCUUCCACUGGAAAGAUUUAUCGAGGAUACUGCCAGACAUGCAUUCGUAACUUACAUCGUUUCCUCUAGUG